AUGACGGACAAUGAGCCACGACAGCUCUUACCCGAAAUUGAAUCACAUCAGAAUCUUUCAACCAAACUAGGAGCUUCUCGCCCUCUCCCACCUAAGAAGCGCAGCAACAGAACAGUAAGCUCGGUCGCCAAAUCAUCCAACCUCACAACAGAGACUUCCGACACCAAUCAGGGGAGUGUCGGCAUUGAUCCGAUCGAUGAUAGUCAACUCGAAACUUGCCACGAUUCGCAAGCCACAGCGAAAAGCCAUGACGAAGAGCGUGCCGAUCUUGAAGCAAGAGGCACCGCAUCGCCAGUCAGAAUGACGGUACAAAGAGCAGUCUCUGGCGCUUCAAUUCGGAGCAGCCGACCCAAUACGAUGGCGUCGGAAAUCCCGAAAGAAGAGAUCGAAGAGGCGCUGCAAGGUCUCGAUCGAGUUGACCUCGUUGUGGCGUUGGGUCGAGCUAAAGUUCAAAUGGACGAAAUCGAAGCUCAACUCGCUCAACAGGUGCUCGAGAACGAGACAUUGCACGACACUGCCGCUUCGCUCACUCAGCAACUCGGAGAAGCCGAAUCUCGAGUCUAUUCGCUUCAUUCGAUCGUCAAGCAGCGAGAAGAGAGGAUCGAUGAGCUCAUGUCAGAGCAGGAACGUAUGGAAGGCGAGGUUUAUUCGACAAUGCAAGUCAUCGAGCGCCUUCGGAAGCAGCUCUCUGAAACAGAAAGAAGUCGCAACGAUGCCGAAAAACGCUAUCUCGAUCAAACGGCUACUAUGGAUAAGGAACGCCAAUACUAUCAGGACACUGAAGCUCUUCUCAAAUCUCAGAAAGCCACGCAAGCUUCUGCUUACGAGAAGCUUCUUUCGGGUCACAACGAAUUGCUCCGCGAACACGAACGCCUCACCAACCGUCUCGCUUCUAUCAAGUCCAAUGGGGGAGACACUCAGGAUGCAGCGUCAUCCCUCGACCCACCGAGCCUGCACUUCACCGGCGCAUCAGAUGCUUCCUUGGACUCGCAAACCACUGAAUCUCAUCAUAACGGGAAAGGAGCGUCGGAUCAUGGCGACCGCAGUCCGCCACGUCGGGUUCGCAAGAACGCCUCCAAGGUAUCAACUUUCGCCGAGGAGACCGAUAUGGCUGCACUGGUCGAAGAGCUUUCCACACUUCAAAAAUCUCAUUCUUCCCUUUCCGAGACCAUGGCCACUCUCCAGACCGAGCUCAAAGAUGUUCGUGCAGAGAACGUCACUCUCCGCGACCAGAACGAGACUUUUAUGGAUAUCCUUCAAGAAAAGACAUUCAGCGGUGCGCUCCUCAACGAAAGCGCCAUGCUCCGUGGUAUCCGACGUGCUUCCCUUGGCCGUCUUAGAACUCAGGGCGGUCUCGAUGAUCCCUACGACGACGAUUACAGUACUGGAACUGAUAUGCAAGAUGUUGGCGACGACGACGACGACGACGACGACGAAGCCGAUGAUCGAGACAAAUCUCGUGGCACUUCCAUUUCUUCUGGUACCAUCCCUGAGGAAGACGAGGACGAUGUCGAUGAUGUGCCUGAUACUCCAAAGGCUCCUCCGAAACAAGUCAAGAGCUCACAAAGAAGGCGAACCAGUUCCAGCGCGGCACAGCAGGCGACUACUGACCUUGCCUCUGAGCUCGAAGGCACAACAACAGGCGUGCUCACCAGCCCAGCUGACAAGUCGAGCCGUGAAACGCGCUCAAGUCAGCGCUUAGGUGUCGUCUCUGAUGAUCUCGAAGAGCUUCAGAAAGAGGUUCGCGAGCUUCGUGAAGCAAAUCAGGCUCUGACCCUCUACAUCUCCAAGAUCAUCGAUCGCAUCAUUGCCCGUGAAGGCUACGAGAACAUCCUCGCUGUUGAGAGCCGUGGUACCAUUCGGGGACCGCGUCAUAAAGCCUCAAGAGCCAGACUUGACCAGUCGAAGGAAGUCGGCACCGACAACAAAGCUGGCUUGCGCACUGUCUCGAACACUAGCAACACCUCCAAUGCCAGUGGCUCCAGCCAGACGGGCGGCCUCUUUAACUUUGGCUCAAGCGCCAAUCAAAACAGCGCGGCGUCUAGUGGGGCUCGUGCUGCAGUUUCGUCCAAAAGCAAGCGAACAUCGUCGAUUGAUUGGCGCAACCUGCCCUUCCUCGGAGGCGGUGGUAACGCAAGCAACCCACCUGAACAAAGCUCCAACCUGCGCCCUUUGACGUUGCAGUCGGAUAGUCUGCUCAUCCCUCCUCGAGAAGGUUCAGCUAGGAAGUUGCGGACAAGUGAAGAGAUCGAGGAUGAAAACGACAUUCUUGAACGUGAACGUAUUCGCCAAGAACUGUUGAUGCGUGGCAUUCAGCCACCCAAACACCAGCUCGUCCAGAGUCCAAACAGUCCGAGAAAGAAACGCCCUCAAAGUGUCUCGGCCGUUUCGGGCGCUGGAGGCUUCGCUGCCUUCUUCUCUCGCGUCGUCGGUGGUGCAGCCUCCAACCAUGUUCUUAGCCCUACUCGAUCCGACUCGCAAUCGCAGGCAUCCAACACGCCAGUACAAUCUCUGGACACUGACUUUGAGCGGACCACAUCCUCGACUCCUGCCACUGAAAGCGGCAACCGUGACGAGGAGCGAAGUCGUGCUCUUCAGCUUUCCGCAGGUGGUGGGUCGAGCUUUACCAAAUUGAGAGGCAGUCAAGGUGUUGCCUCCAAAGCGAGACAGCUUCGAGCCGAGCGACACCAACAAACUUUAGAUCUCACAGCGGACACCAGUUCAGGAUACCCAUUCCCAUCAUCUUCCCAAAGCAGCACAUCCAACAGUCGCGCUACCAGCGGCAUCAACAGUCUUGCAGACAGUUCCAUCAUGGAAAGCUCGAUUGCGGGUGACGAAAGCUAUUCUUUGCCAGCCCCGUCGACCAAAAGCGCUCUGCUCAACGGCGAAACCAACCGAAUCGACUCGCCAUUAGCUGGCUAUGGCGGCACCCUACCACCAUUGCCACACGAGACCACCGGUGACGAGGACCGGCAAGCUUUCCGUUCACCAACCACAUCUCAAACCAGUCAGGAUCAAGGUUGGAAGCGUGCAUUCCGCAGGUUCAGCUUGCUAGGUGCCACCUCCCCUGACUCGCAGCCUAAUGCCAAUGAUCAGGAUCCUAACUCACAAGGUGUGAGCCCAGCUGCUAGCGAAAGAGGUCGAAGCCCGCUCGCGACUACAGUCACACUUCCAUAUAUCGACACAGAUGCCGACAAGUAG